UUUAAUUCUUCAGUUGUUUCAGGGAAGAUAACGAUGGCAUUUAAUUGAUAAAUAAAUCGCACCGAUUGUUCAUGAUGGAUGGUACUUGGGCCCUAAACAUUCUUGUAACGGAUUUGCAGGUUGAGAGAAGUGUGCGUGUUCAUGGAGAAGACCAUGUUGGGGGUGUCAUGAUCAAACUUGUUGAUAUAUUAGAUAUAGCAAUGGACUGGUCGGAUCAUGCUCUCUGGUGGCCGGCCAAUAACAUGUGGCUUCAUAAAACCAGAUGGACGCUAGAACAAUAUAAUCUAACUGCAGAUCAUUGUCUUGAGUUUACUCCGAUGCACAAGAGGCACGGGGUUUAUCUUGGCGGAGGGGGGGAUAGAUAAAACUCCUAAGAAUGCGCGAAUACCGGAUAAUAUUUCUUUAAUUCUCUCUCUCUAUGACAGCUUGCCAUGACAGCUUGUUUCUAUAGAUAGUUUGAUUUUAAU